AUGCUACAUGUUCUUGAACACUACAACUGGACGUCAGUAAGCUUUAUUUACUCAAACGAAGCCACUAGCCAAAGCGCUCUACCUUAUUGCGAACUUGUUGCUAAUAACAUUGAUGUAGGUUAAGUACCUCUAUAUUAACGUAUUUUGUUAAAUACCUUUAUAUGUAUUAUCUUGUUCAAAUAAUUCUGUUCUUCCUAUUAAAGCAAGUUUCUGAAAUUUUGAGGCACAGAAUUAUUUGAACAACCUAAUAUGACGGAGUCAUAUUUUAGAGUGGUAUAAAAACAUUUGUGGAUAACAUAACUGUAGCUUACAACAGGCAGCUACAAGUUCAUACUGCUGAAAAUUAUCAGCGCGUUUUGAAGCAAGCUUCUCAAGUUUCACGAGGUAGGAUUUUAAACCUACUGUACCUUGUUUAACUAUUAUUAAUUUUUUAUAAACCUAGUUAUUUACACAUCUACUUUAGUAGUAUUGCUACAAGCGUCUUACUUAAUGCAAUGACCUUAUCUUACGAUAAGAUACACAUACAAUCUCCUUUUUUUCACCUGAAUCAUAAUCUCUAAACCUCUUGAAAACUACAGUUUAUUUUAGUUAUUGUCGUAUGUCUAACAAGCGACCUAAGACGACCAUUCAUGUUAGCGGCGAAAGAUGGCGGAUUUACAUCGCCGGAUUAUGUGUAUCUGUUCAUACAAAGCACGGGAACAUCAUUCUGUAAGAUUCACGUUCUAUCUGACGCAUUUUGUGUUAUAGGUUUUCUUCAGUACAGUGUAACUCUUAGCUAACAAUGGCCUAAAUAAUGAAGAACUCAUAGAAAGAACAACUUUUGAAUAUAAUAAAAGUAUACGUACUGAAAACAAAAUUCCUACUUUCAGUAUUACCUACGCCAAUUUGGGAAUCUGAACCUACAGAUGGCCGUGACACAGACGCCCACGAAGCUUUCAAAUCAGUCUUACUUGUAAGACAAAACGGUUCUAAGAUUAAACCUUUUUUUAGCUUGACAAACCUGUAAACGUACUACCUGCCGACUACAAUUCAAAAGCAAUGGACUUGGUGACACAAUAUCCUUGGGACUGCUACGAGUGUCCUACAUUAGCUAAAAAUGUCAGUUUCGUAAAUUUAAACUCAUUUUUUCUUCAGUACCUAUGUUUUUGAGCUGAUAGAUUAAUAACCUAACGUAUCUGAAUAAAAUGUAAAGACUCCAUAAAGACCCAUUUUAUAUUACCCUACCUAAUAUUACUAAUUCAUAGUUCAGGCCUCGCUGCUAUCUUUCUACCUCGGAGAUUCUGUGUUAGCUUACAUAUAUGCUCUGAAUAAGACAGUUGAGAUGUACAAAUCUUACCCAAAUCUGCCACAAAUUAUCAAAAACUCCACUUUGGUUCUGCAGAAUAUUCCUGACGGGUUUGUCGGUAAGUAUCAGUCGAACGUUAUUUAAUAGACCCCUUUUAGUUUAUUUUCCUGUAAAUAAAACGAAAUUAUACAAUUUAACAUAAAAAACAAGAUCUGAAAUGUUUUCUGGCGCCAAAAUAUUCUUGUUUGGGAAAAAUAAAUCGUUGCGGACCCAGCAGUAUUAGCAGUGUAUUUCAUUAGUCUCACUUUUAAAUAUAAGUACAAUUUUUUGAUUUUCUUGAAUCUAUUUUAUAGAUUUGGAAGGAGAAACGUUAUAUUUAUACUUCAAAAAAAGUAGAAUCCUCGACUUUGCAUUGUAUGGUUUGGAUACGGCUGGUAAUCAACAGCGAUGGGCAUACACAACUACGUUGGGUGACAAGGGCUUUAUGGUAAUUUUGUAAACCUUUUGAAAAUACUAUUCGUUUAACACUUUGGAACGUACUAUUCGUUUUGUAUUAUCAAACGUUGCUGUAAAAUUUUUAUUUAAAAAUUUUUUAACAUUUCAUUAAGUAGUCGAUUAUUUAUGAUGACUUUUGCAUUAAUAUUGUGACAAUAAGCUUGUAAAUCAUUAGAAAACUUAAAAUAAAAAAUUUCAGGACAGCAGGCCAUUUAUCGAAAACUACACAGACGCAGCUACUACAAUAUGGGCUACUCGAGAGGGCAUACAACCAUUAAAUGAGCCUUUAUGCGGGUUUUUAGGUAACAAAUGCCCAGUAAAACCAUGGGUCCUGCCAAUAAGUAUUGCUGCCGGAUGUCUUACCUUUGUCAUCAACUUACUGCUGUUUCUUUUUUGCAUAUAUUUGUGAGUUUUAAAGAAUACGGCUUUACAUUUUAGUUAAAAAUUGUCUUUUAUAACUUACAGCUGUCUUCAUAUUCCAAAUUAACGUAAUUUUUUAAUGGUUUUUUAAUUUUAUUUUACAGGUUUCAACGAAACAGAAGACGACAGCUAAAUAAAUUGUGGCAAGUGGACUUUAAUGACAUUGAGUUUCCAGAUGAAACAAUCAGUGUAAGUUACUAUCAUUAAUAUUAAUUUGUUCAAAUAAUUCUGGACCUUCUAAAUUUGAAAAUUUGCUUUGUAUUCGGGAACAGAAUUAUUUGAACAACCUAAUAUCAUAAAACUUAUUACUUAGUCUAGCCUUACGUAGUCUAGAUAAAAUAUUUUCUUAAAUUAUGAUUAACCCUUUUAUGGGGUUCAUUAUAAUACGUUGUACUUAACCUUUAUGAACAAUAAGAAAUUUUAAUACAAGUCUGAUUCCAUUUUUAAUAUUUUUUUUUAAAAUUGACAUUUGAAACACGUACAUUUUUUCUUCACAUACCAUACAUAACAAACACCCAAUGUUAUAAUAACUUUAAAUAUUAGCAAAUUUUGAAGAAAAACGGCUUCUUUAUGAACUUUUAGGGCCGAAAAAAGGUUUUUUACAUCUAUGUAAACAGGAUUUUAUAUUUAUAUAGUACAUGGUAUAGUAUUAACAAAAAGUGGCAUUUACAUACUUACAUCGUUUUAUAAACACUGUACUAUAAUAUUAAGUGACAACAUAGAGAACCCGCCAUUAUUUACAGUAAAUUACAGGGAAAGUAUGGCGGGUUCUUUAUGUCGGCACCUAAUACUAUACCCUUCAAGAUACGUACCUUUCCAGAAAGGGACAAAAAGCACAAGAUCAGUCCGCACGAUAGCCAGUGACUCUUACUUAUCAGCGAUUGACAACUCAAAGACCAAUAACAUCAAGUUCAUGUACCUUAAUCAUGAGCUAGUGAUAGCCUGGACUAGUCCAAUACUAUCCGAUAAAGAACUGUCGCCAAACGAAAAAGAACUCCGGGAGCUGAGAAUGUUGGAACAUCCGAAUUUGAACAGAUUCUUGGGUAUGACGGUUGGAAAUGGCAAUCUGUACAUUUUAUGGCGAUAUUGUGAACGAGGUUCGAUUGAGAAUUUCAUUGAGGAUUAUAAGGACAAGAUUGAUGACAGAAUUAUUCAUAGCAUGAUUUCACAGAUUGUUGAGGUAAGUUCUAGGGUCUAUAGAGCAAGAUUUAAAAUUUUCUGUAUGGUACAAGUUAUACGAUGAAAACUGCCUGAAAAGACAAAUUAUACGAUAAAAUCAGUCUGGGAAGACAGGUUAUACGAUGAAAGGUGUUGUAUAACUUUUGUUUAAUUUUUAUUGGCUAAUCAAAGAUGUGUUUGUAAAAUGUAUUUUACAUUAAAAUUUACUAAUUUAGGCCUUAUACUUCAUUCACAAUUCUCCCUACUCGCCACUGGCUGUUUUGAGUGCUGAUAGUUGCGUUGUGAACGACCGGUUUGAAGUCAAAGUACAGUACUGUGGGAUGAAUAAUAUAAAAAAACUUGAAUUAUUUGAUGAUUCUAACAGAAGUAUGUUUUUGUUUUUGGGUCACUAAAGUGUCAAAAAAAAGUUUUGUCGUCAAUUCAUGUGUAUUUUCACGUUGAAAAGCGACAAUACUUUUAUUGAGCUUCUGUAGAGUAUAUAACGGUGUAGCAAAUUUUGUUGUGGUAUAGUAUAGGUUGUUAUAGCUUAAAAUAAUCUACUAUAGUACAGUAAAAUCCAUUGUUGAAACAUCUGCUUCAGUAUAAGGGUUAAAAAGUUUUGUGAUUUUCUAACACAGUUUUGCACGUUAAAAAAACGACAGGACUUUUUAAACUUUCAAUAUACUGACCAAAAUGCCAAAUUAUAUAUAGCCAUAAAAUUUCAGAAACCCUAUAUGUAGCGCCGGAAAUUCUCCGUCGGCCCAACCGUAACAUUGAAGGAUCAAAGGAGGGUGAUAUCUAUUCGUUUGGUAUCUUAACCUCCCAAAUCGCCACCAAGACCUCGGUUUGGCGAAUGAAAGAAAAAGAUCUUACAGUAGAAGAGAUCCUCUUUCGAGUACGACAACGUACCGUACCGUUGGAACGGCCAUCGGUUCAACGUGCCGAUGGCCUCGAGAUGGACGCUAGAUUAGAAUCCUUGAUUCUGCAGUGCUACAGUGAAGAGCCAGCAGCUCGACCUGACAUACGAUUGGUCAGGGAUCGUAUACGUUGUCUGGAAGGUAACAGUAAGAAGAGCAACUUUAUGGAUUACAUGUUCGCUUUGAUGGAGAACACGGCCGUUGACCUGGAACAGCAAGUACAAUAUAGAACGGCUGAGUUGGUGGAGGAACAACGACGUGCCGAAGUACUGUUGAAUCGUAUGAUGCCUCAGAAGAUCGUGGAGUUACUGCGGAAGGGAGAGAGUAUCACUCCAGAAGUCUACGAGAAUGCUACAGUAUACUUUUCGGAUGUGGUUGGGUUUACGAUAUUGUCAUCGAAGAGUACUCCGUUACAAGUCAUCAACUUUUUGAACAAUAUGUAUACGAUAUCUGAUGAUAUUAUAGAGAGACAUAAGGUGUACAAGGUGGAGACAAUCGGCGAUGGACUUCAUUGUGUUUCAGGUAGGUAAGGGUGAGUACAGUAGAGCAGGGAACGAUAGGAAAGGGUAAGAUAAGGUAUGAUAACGUAGAGUAAAGUAGGGCAAGGCCAUUCAACGCAAGACAAGGUAAGGCAAGGCUAAUGCAACUAUAAUAUAACCAAAACAGAAUAUUUCAGGCAUACCAACUCGGAAUGGCAACGACCACGUGAAAGACAUUUGUGAUAUGGCUUUGGCAAUACGAGAAGGAGUCAAAAGCCUGAGAAUGCCACAUUUGCCAAGUGAGAUGAUUCAAAUUCGAUUGGGAAUCCAUUCAGGCGCUUGUGUUACUGGUAUAGUCGGAAUGACCGCGCCGCGUUACUGUGUUUUCGGAGACACUGUAAAUCUGGCCGCUAAAAUGGAAAGCACUGGGAAGCGUGAGUGUUUUGAGACAAAAAUCCUCCCCCCCCUCCCCCUCAAGAAAAAUUUUGUAAAAAAUUAAACUUGGUUCCCCUGUUGAUUUUUCAAAAAUUUUUUUCGGCCCCUCGUUUUCGCCCAAGAUAAGUUCCUGAGGCCAAAUUUCAACGAAAUUACUUAAUCAACUUUUUAAAGCUGUUUAUUUUAAAAUGGCAAACAAUUAAGCUUUACACUUUCAGCCAGUCAAAUCCAAAUAAGUUUUGUCACCAAAAAUCUGAUUGAUCAACACUUCCCCACUUUGUACAAGACAGAACAUCGUGGUGAAGUUUACAUAAAAGUAAGUUACAAACAACACUUUGUAGAGCAUAAACAUGACAAUAAGAAAAAUUAUUUUGAAUAGUAAACCUUGAAAAUUCAAAAAAUUUUUAAAAAUUAUUUUAAAUUGAAUUUUUCAGAACCGCGACCCCGUUGAAACAUACUGGUUAUUAUCGAAAAACUUUUAA